AAAAAAAACCAGGAUAUAAAAUGCAUUUUGUCGCAAACAGAUAUCAUAAAUGUAUCUAUCAGAUACAUCCCAGAUAUAAAAAGUUUAUAUUUGUCGGAAUGUUUUAUACUUCUUGUAUAUGUAUGUUUCUGUGUCAUUGUUGUUGUUGUUGUUAUUAUUGUCAGCGAGAGCAGCAGCUAACACCAAUGCGACGUCAAUAUACGAAUGAAGCAACAAAAACAACAAAACAAGCUUUCAUGUCUUUUGUACUUUAUACCAACCUAUUCUAUCGUUGUUGUUUGCGUAUAUUUUUGUACUCAACUCAUACAACACUCUCCAGCUCGUAUAGUUCCUCUCAUAUGCCUGCCUUUACCAGGCCAGGCCACAAUCAUCAUCAUCAUCAUCAUCGUCAGCACCAUUAUAGUGUUCAUAGCAGCAGCAAGUAGUCUCAAAGCCAAUAUUAUAGCCAGCCAGCCAGCCAGCCCCAGCAACUCGCUCGCAACAACACGAGUUGUUUGUCAUUUGUGAGUUGGUUGGAGCUUUCAAAAACACACAUAGAAAAUUUAUAUACUUAUUCUAUUUUUGUUAGACGCGCAAAAAACAGAGUAAAAUACGCAGUCUACACUGUCGUAAGUGUCUCUUGGUGUUUUAUUUAUUUAAAUUGUUUUUUUUUUUUUGAAAAAUAAAAAUUUUAUUUCAAACAAACGGUUUGCAGUGCCUAAAUGCCAAACAAACUUGAAACUAAAAAACUGCAACAACAAGAAUUAAUAUUGACCAAUAACAGACAAAUAAUGUCAUCGACAACAACAGCAGCUAACACGACGACGACGACAACGACGACGACAACGUCUCCAUCGGCAUCUACACCACGAAUCAUGCAGGCCGAUGAGGAUUUCAAUAUCCGUUUUGUAACAAUGGUUAAGAAACAUCGUUGUUUGUAUGAUAAAAAAGUACCCGAGUACAGGAAUAGGGAUUACCAGGAAAAAGCAUGGUCAGUUAUAUCCCAGGAAACUAGAGAAAAUGUAAUUCAUUGCAAGGAACGUUGGCGAAAUCUUCGAGCAUGCUUAUCAAGAUACAUAAAACAACAAAGUGGCAACGAUCCACAACACAAGCCCUACUAUUUAACCGAACACAUGGCAUUUCUGUUGCCAUUUCUAAAAUCAAUUCGUCAAUCAGUCGAUAGUUCCCAAAGUAUAUUCAACAUUCAAAAUACACUAAACGAAUACAAGUACAACCAAUCUAGUGAUUUGGAACUAAAACAUUCACUAUCCGACAAUGAAGAGACUAGUGAUGCUUUCGACAAUAGUGGAGCUCAAUUAAAUCGCCCACCCGAAACAUCUACCCCGUUAAGUGACACAAAUAGUGCACACACCAGUACAAUGAAUAAUUUUAUACCCGAUGUACAAAUCGAAAUGCGUGAAACACCCGAUGCCAAUUCGGAAAUAAUAUUUUCACCUACAACAGCUCCUCAUAUAAAUGGCCAUCAUCAUCACCAUAAUCAACAGCAUCAUGGUCAACAUUCUUUUCCACAGCCAAAGCGAAUUAAACUAGAACAACAAUCUGGAUCGAAUGAAAGAUCACCAGAUCAAUAUUAUAAUAAUCAUGUUGAAAAUUCAGAUAUGGAAUUUUUUCGAAGUAUACUACCGGAUAUAGCUGAUUUGACACCAUUGCAAAAGCGGAAAUUAAAAAUUGGAUUAUUGGAAUUGAUAGAUGAGGUUUUAGUGAAAUAUCCUGCGCCUCAAAAUCAAAGUACUAACAACAAUAAUAAUAAUAGUAGUAGCAGUAAUAAUCAACAAAGUAUCGGUUAUUGGGGAAAGUAGAGUUUAAUAAUGUACAUAAUGUAUUUUAUAAGAAGUAUGUUUUGUAAAUAAAAAUAAGAUCGCUUUGUAGAUGUUUAAAAUAAAAGUGUUGCACAAAAACUUUGAAUCGAUUUUCAAAAAAAAUGAUUCACACUAUACAAAAGAUGUUUUUUUAAUUCG